AUGACCUUUGAGGCGCCUCAAAAUGCUGCAUACCUUGGUGGCAGGCAGUGGGGUUACAUGGGCUGCUUCGUUCGUUCCUCCACUCCAUCUCCGCUACAGCCUCCCUUUCUUGGACGCCUCCAAUCCAAAGUCCUCCACUCAUUUCUGCUACAGCCUCGUCUUUUGAGACGUCUUCAUAAUUCUUUCACUCCAUCUCUGCUACAGCCUCCCCCUCGCCCGCUCGUUUCUUCCCUCUCGAAUUCAUGGGCAGUGGAGGAGGAGGAGAUGUGGGAGAAGGCCGAGGCAUGGGGGUUUCAGGCGCCAGGUGAAUACAACAGAGACGUGCUCCGACCGGCUCUGUCUCAGCCAUCUGCAUCGCUCCGCUUCACAUGGGGGCGGCGCACCAAGAGAGCCCGAGCAUCUCAAGAGCAGCCUGCCACGUGGCAGCUCGCAUGGGCAGUGCAGCGGACAGGCGUGGAGAUGAGGCCGAGUGUGCAGCUGAGGGCGGUGGAGGGCGAGGAGCAGCAACGAGCAGCAGUGCGACGGAUACUCGAUGAAGCCAUGAGCGGGGCGGCUGUUGCACAGGCAGAGCAGCAGUGCAGCAGGGAGGCAUGCGGGAGGAUGCAGAGGGAGGCAGAGCGGUGCUUACAGCAGAGCGAGCGGUUCAGAGAGGAGAAGAGCCGCCUGGAGGACGAGCUGCUGGGGAAGGUGUGUGUGCUGUGUGUGCGGUCGGGUGUGCUUGUAGCGGCAAGGCACUGUGAGUGUGGGGGUAUGUGGGGGUAUGAGGAGGGGCGUGAGGGGUGUGAGGGGCAUGAGGGGUGUGAGGGGCAUGAGGGGUGUGAGGGGCAUGAGGGGUGUGAGGGGCAUGAGGGGUGUGAGGGGCAUGAGGGGUGUGAGGGGCGUGAGGGGUGUGAGGGGCAUGAGGGGUGUGAGGGGCGUGAGGGGUGUGAGGGGCAUGAGGGGUGUGAGGGGCAUGAGGGGUGUGAGGGGCAUGAGGGGUGUGGUGUGAGGAGGCAGAGGUUUGAGGAUUCUGAGGAGAGUGGGGAGGUUGAGAGGUUCCUUCUAGUUCUCAACGCCAAGAAAGCAAAAGUACGAGAGCUCGAGGCUUCUCUACAGGGGGGCACAGGUGCGGGGGGGGGAAAUGGAGGAGGCUUGGGGCGUCUCACAUCUCUCUGCACCCCGCUGCACCCCUUUGCACCCCUCUGCAGUUCCUGCUAG